CGCUCCCUGUCGCAGCCGGCGAGUCUCUGCUUCCCCCUUCCUACCCGCUCCGCGGCGGCAGCUUAGGCUCUUCGUGGAGGGGGAGACAGAGAAAGAGAGAGACCGACUUAAUAAAGUUUCCUGAAACAACAACUAUUACCAAAAAGAGCCUAAGGCGGGGGGAAACCCCCAUCCUUCCCCGCCCCUCUCCAAAAGCCUGAGGGACCGUCGCAGGUGGAGCGGCGCUGGGGGGAGCCGGGCUCCGGCGGCAGCCGUUGCCCUGGCAAGGGGCGCCUCGGGUCCUGCCCGCUCCGGUUCCGGCUCCUUCGGUGGCGGCGACAGCGGCUGCGGGGCGGUUCCUGCUGUCAACUGCCUGCGCCCGCGCGCCGUCCGCCCGCCCGCACGCCCAGCUCCACAGCGCGGAGGGACGCCGUGAGCCGCCGCCGCAGCCGUCGCCUCGGGCCGCGGAGGGACGUGGUGAGCUGCGGCGCUUCCGCGUCAGCGCCGGCGGGGAAUCUUUGCGAGCGCGUCGGGCCCGAACCCCGGUCCCUUCGCGCGGUCAGCCGAGGCUGCGCCAGGUGGGGCCCGAAGCCGCCUCCCACGCCAGGCUGUCCCCGCGGCCGCCCGGCCUGCCUUCCUUCCUUCCGCCCGCCCGUCGGCCCGCCCUAGGAGUUCACCAAGCCGCAAUGAAGAGCUUCUUACAGUGAAAGGAAAGUAGGUCGCGCCCACUGAAAAUGCCUUUAAGGGACAAAUACUGUCAGACUGACCACCAUCAUCACGGAUGCUGUGAACCAGUUUAUAUCCUGGAACCUGGAGAUGCUCCUUUGUUACAGCAACCACUACAGACAUCCAAAUCUGGUAUUCAGCAAAUAAUUGAGUGCUUUCGAUCAGGAACUAAACAACUUAAGCAUAUUUUAUUAAAAGAUGUGGACACUAUUUUUGAAUGUAAAUUAUGCCGCAGUCUCUUCAGAGGAUUACCAAAUUUAAUUACCCAUAAAAAAUUCUACUGCCCACCAAGUCUCCAGAUGGAUGACAACCUUCCUGAUGUAAAUGAUAAACAAAGCCAAGCCAUAAAUGAUCUCCUAGAAGCCAUAUAUCCAAGUGUGGACAAGCGAGAAUACAUUAUUAAGCUAGAACCCAUAGAAACUAAUCAGAAUGCAGUGUUUCAAUAUAUUUCAAGGACUGAUAAUCCUACUGAAGUCACAGAGUCAAGCAGUACUCCUGAACAGCCUGAAGUUCAAAUACAGGAAACUAGCACUGAACAGUCUAAAACAGUUCCAGUUACAGACACAGAGGUGGAAACUGUAGAGCCCCCUCCUGUUGAAAUUGUUGCAGAUGAAGUUGCACCUACAUCUGAUGAACAACUGCAGGAAUCACAGGCUGACUUGGAAACUUCUGACAAUUCUGAUUUUGGUCACCAGUUGAUAUGUUGUCUUUGUAGAAAAGAAUUCAAUUCCAGACGAGGUGUUCGUCGUCACAUUCGAAAAGUACACAAGAAAAAAAUGGAAGAACUAAAAAAGUACAUUGAAACACGAAAGAAUCCAAACCAAUCCUCUAAAGGACGCAGUAAGAAUGUUCUAGUUCCAUUAAGUAGGAGUUGUCCAGUAUGUUGUAAAUCAUUUGCUACAAAAGCGAAUGUAAGGAGGCAUUUUGAUGAAGUUCAUAGAGGACUAAGGAGGGAUUCAAUUACUCCUGAUAUAGCAACAAAGCCUGGGCAACCUUUGUUCCUGGAUUCUGUUUCUCCUAAAAAAUCUUUUAAGGCUCGAAAACAAAAGUCGUCUUCAAAGACUGAAUACAAUUUAACUGCAUGCAAAUGCCUCCUUUGCAAGAGGAAAUAUAGUUCACAAAUAAUGCUUAAAAGACAUAUGCAAAUUGUCCACAAGAUAACUCUUUCUGGAACAAACUCUAAAAGAGAGAAAGGCCCCAGUAAUACUGCCAACAGUUCAGAAAUAAAAGUUAAAGUUGAACCAGCAGAUUCUGUAGAAUCUUCACCCCCUUCCAUUAUCCAUUCUCCACAGAAUGAAUUAAAGGGAACAAAUCAUUCAAAUGAAAAAAAGAACGCACCGGCAGCACAGAAAAAUAAAGUUAAACAAGACUCUGAAAGCCCUAAAUCAACUAGUCCGUCUGCUGCAGGUGGCCAGCAAAAAACCAGGAAACCAAAACUUUCAGCUGGCUUUGACUUUAAGCAACUUUACUGUAAACUUUGUAAACGUCAGUUUACUUCCAAACAGAACUUGACUAAACACAUUGAAUUGCACACAGAUGGGAAUAACAUUUAUGUUAAAUUCUACAAGUGUCCUCUUUGCACUUAUGAAACUCGUCGGAAGCGCGAUGUGAUACGACAUAUAACUGUGGUUCAUAAAAAGUCAUCCCGUUAUCUUGGGAAAAUAACAGCCAGUUUAGAGAUCAGAGCUAUAAAAAAGCCCAUUGAUUUUGUUCUAAAUAAAGUGGCAAAAAGAGGCCCUUCAAGAGACGAAGCAAAACAUAGUGAUUCAAAACAUGAUGGCACUUCUAACUCUCCUAGUAAAAAGUAUGAAGUAGCUGAUGUUGGUAUUGAAGUAAAAGUCACGAAAAACUUUUCUCUUCACAGAUGCAAUAAAUGUGGAAAGGCAUUUGCCAAAAAGACUUAUCUUGAACAUCAUAAGAAAACUCAUAAGGCAAAUGCUUCCAAUUCACCUGAAGGAAACAAAACCAAAGGCCGAAGUACAAGAUCUAAGGCUCUUGUCUGAUAACUUCAAGUGAUGUACGAAAAGGUUUGGAGUUCAUUUUUGUGGAAAGACUUUAAAUUGGUGUUAGAACCACUAAACAUCUUCAAAUGGUACUAUGAGGGAAAAAAAAGAAAAAAAUUUGAUAAAUAUAUGACUGUAACUGCUGUUUUCUGACUAAAAUAAUAACCAUCUAACCACUUGUUUCUAAGGCACUGCCUCUUCCAGCACUUUCAAGUAGCUGUGACAUUUUGUAUUGUCAUCCCAGUCCAUCAGCUAACCACCCCUGUGCGUUUGGUCUACAGUUUCUACAAAAAUGUUGCAAAUUUUGUUUUCCAGCAGUUUGUUGAUUAAGUGAUCAACAACCUGAAGAAAAUAUCACCACUGGUGAUUUUUAAUUAACAAAGACUUUAUAUGUUAGCGAUUUUAGUUUUGUUCCACUUUAUUUGGCAGAAUUUUUAUCUGGAUUGUACAGAUAUAUAACUUCCUAGUGAGCGUAUGUUAGGACCAAAAGACAAAUCUCAACACAUUAUAAAUAUUUAGCCUACUAAAUAUUUGUAAUUAUUUUUACAUCCAUUUAUUUCUAACUUGUUCUAUAGCACUUAAAUGUUUGAAAAUUUCAUUCUAAAAUAUAUACUACAGGAAACUUCCGGUUCAUUUUCAUCCAUGGAUCAUCACAUUCUUCAUUUGUAAACAUCUGAGGUUUUUAUGAAAAUUAAACAUUCCCCUAUUUUUCUUUAAGUUUCAUACAAAGCACUUUAAUGAUAGAUGCAACUUAAUUUUUCA